GAAGUGGUGAUGUUUGUUGUCGAGGACCAGCGGGAGGAAGUGAUGGGUGAGGUCAGUUGUAACCGAGCAAAUAAUGGAGGAAUUCGGUAAAGUUGGAUGAACUGAGCGUCUCGGUUUACUGGAGCUAACAGAGGUUUAAACUCUCAUUCCGGUUUCACAGACUUCCGGUACACAGUUGGCUAUUAACGCUACCGGUCCAGUUACCUGUCCGGUGCUCCUUUGUCUAGCGCUGGUCCCGAGUGUCGCCCCGGUUUCACGGUCUGUUGAAAAUGGAAAUGUAAAGUCGGUCAGGCUCUGGUACCGCCAAACUACAACCGGAUUCCGGUCCAGAGAUGUAUCAGCUCUGGAGGCGUCCCGCCGCAAAUCUACACUCACGAGUAAUCUAGCUAGUCCCGGAACAAAAACAUGGCAGCCUCCAAAGCAAAAACCGGAGUUAGUACCGACACCGGAUCCCCGAAGGACGUUAAUGGUCCCGCCGGUAGGCCAGAGUCUUCGCCGAACCGAACCUACAGCCUUGACGAGCUGGAGACCGUGGCCACAGUGGGCACGGGGACUUUUGGUCGAGUCUUCCUGGUCAAGGACCAGAAAAGCCAGGCCUUCUUUGCCCUGAAGCAGAUGAAGAUCUCUGACGUAAUCCGACUGAAGCAGGAGCAGCACGUCCACAACGAGAAGGAGGUUCUGACAGAGAUCAACCAUCCGUUCCUCAUCAGGCUGUUCUGGACCCACCACGAUGAGCGGUUCCUCUACAUGCUGAUAGACUAUGUACCAGGUGGUGAGCUCUUCAGCUACCUGCGCACUCGUGGCCGAUUCACCAACUCCACGGGUCUUUUCUACACAUCUGAGAUCGUUUGUGCUAUUGAGUACCUCCACUCCAAAGAGAUAGUCUAUAGAGACCUGAAGCCUGAGAACAUCCUGCUGGACAGCGAGGGACACAUCCGUCUGACCGACUUCGGCUUUGCCAAGAAGCUCUCUGACAGGACCUGGACCCUGUGUGGAACUCCAGAGUACCUGGCUCCUGAGGUCAUUCAGAGCAAAGGUCACGGCCGAGCGGUGGACUGGUGGGCUCUGGGAAUCCUGGUCUUUGAGAUGCUGGCUGGGUAUCCACCUUUCUAUGACGACAACCCAUUUGGAAUAUACCAGAAGAUUCUCUCUGGAAAGCUGGAAUUCCCACGCCAUCUGGAUUUCUACGUGAAGGACCUCAUCAAGAAACUCCUAGUCAUCGAUCGAGCCAGACGACUUGGCAACAUGAAGAAUGGAGCGGACGAUGUGAGGAAGCACCGCUGGUUCAAGACUGUAGACUGGGAAGCCGUCCCUCUGAGGAAACUGAAGCCUCCAAUCGUUCCCAAACUCUCUCACGAGGGCGACACCUCUAACUUCGACAUUUACCCAGAGAGCGACUGGAAGAAAGACCCACCUGUGCCUCCAAAGGACCUGGAGACCUUCAGCAGCUUCUGAGCCUUCAGUCCACUCCAGUGGAGCCCCGAAACCCUUUUGCAGAUGCUUUUAUUUAUCUGACUGACUGUUGUUUUUAUCUCUUAUGCAAAAGCUUCUGGUUCCGUUGGACCCAAACGACUGUUACUUUCUACGAGGAUCAGGUUGUUUUUUUAUCAGCACCUUUUCUAUUUUCUCUUGUUUUGUAAACGACUCCAGACUGCUGCGGGAAUCAGCUGAUUGUAUUUACGGUUUAAGCAGCAGCACAGGAAGGUGCCUUACAUCAGGUGUCUCCGUCACGAAGAGCCCACUAGAGCGGUUCUGGUGGAACCCUCUGAGGUUCUGUAGACUGUUACUUCCUGUCACGUCUCUGCAGCAGCUUCCUUCAGUGUUACUGUUGAGUCACAGCGUGGUGUCGUACUGUAUGAACUCAUAGGGAGGCAAAUCAUGAUAGGUCAAAGGUCAUGCAUGUUCCUCUUCAAUGUGGUCAGUAUUUAUCAUCUCAGCAGCUUCUGUUUGUUCAAAUAUAAAGACUUGAAUAGAAACCUUCAGUGAUUCUUGCCUAACGACCUCUGAAGACCUCAGACCUGCUGCUCUAGGAAGGUCCUCCACUAGGACCUCCAGUCUCAGUUCUUCUGUGGGUUAGUGGAUCACUUCUCCUGCGUGGACUCUGUGUCUCCAGUCAUAGAACUAAUGGACAUUUUGACCAGUUUCCAAGUAGAAACCAUCACCCUUAGAUCAGAGCUUCAGCCGUUUCACUGAAACGUGUCCCAGAAGAAGCCCCUAUCUUCUGUCGUUUUGUCUGUGUUGCCAUGUUUUCCUGACGUGUCAACGUCUGUGAGCUGUUUUAUUAUGCAUGAGCCCUCGGUGUCUCGACUCGUCACAACAACAUGUUUACUUACCGAGUCCCGAUGUGACAUCAUCACCAAUCAGCAGUAAACAUUUCAAACACUAA